AUUCCACGACUCUUCUCUUUCCGAACAGAAUCUUAAUGGACGUAGUUAUGCAUAAACGUUUCAACGAGCACUCUUGUAUAAGGAAUGCAACCUCGAACCAAGAAUACCAAGAUUAGCGAUUCGAGAUAUCGCGCGAAGAUUGGAUGUUUCGAGAUUUCAACUGUCAGACAGACGACAUCGAGAUUUAACAAAGUAAUUAAAAAUGAGUUACUUAUUAUUAUGAUCAACAAUCCCUUAGAACUCAGUAGGUAUAUAAUAUACUAAAAAGGAGCUAUAUUUAGGGUACUUAUUUGAGAUUGCAAAAAUCGAAAUUUUCUGCCAACGAGAUUGAAUCUCGAUAGUUUGCUCGAGAUCUCGUGAUUUCGAGAUCUCGCGAGAUCGAGAUUGUAUUUCCUACUUGUGUAGCUAAGUCAUCGCUAGAAAGCCACAAACAAUUAAAAGGCCGACAAGAAAGUUCGAAGUAAACACAUUGUAGUGUUUUCCUUCUUGAAGAAUUCCCUACGAACCUUCAGUUUGAACAGUUUGAACCAUUUAACUAUUAUUGCUACGUGUGACUAACUGUAUAGAUCCAGCACAGAGAACCAGUAUUUUCCGCCAUGAGUUGUUGUUUUGACAACAAAAGUUAGAACCGGAGCCUGAAUCUCGCUUCCUAAACGCGUAAGCGCAUAAUUUAAUUGUUUCAAAAAGCCAGAAGCCAGGAUCGCAAAAAUUUUUGGAAUAUCACUUACGGUUUGGAGUUGUUUUAUGGAGAUUUUAAUUGCUAAUAACCAAGUUUUUAAAAACAACUAAAAACCUCGUGUAAUUAAAUCACGUUGUAAAUUAUAUUAAUAUCUACAGGUUGUUUUCCUUUCAUAUACUGCCUAGUCACGUCUCGAAGCUUUAUAGACUUGUAGUUUAGGCACCUAAGCGCCAAUUGCACCAUCACACUCCGUGGUUAACCGGUUAAAACCUUAACCGUUAAAUGUACGUAAUUUCAAGACCUUCAUAUAGACUGAAUAAAAAAAAAUCUGGGAUUGUAAUAAAAAACCUAACACCUUGUAUAAUCGACAAUAAAGCACCUAAAUAAUCACGACAAAAAAAGUCGUGCCACGCACGACUACACAUACCACGACUUGUAAAGUUGUCACUCUAGUGACAAACAAGCCGGCAGUUCACUGUCUGUACGACAAAACAGCGACUAGGUGCGAGUACCGAUAAAGCAGGGCUUCUUCACUAAACUGCCGGCAUAACAGUAGACCCUUGCGCCAUGUUUUGGAUGCCCAUCAUCGGAGCUGCCCUGCUAUGGAUUAUCUGGAAGGCUUUGGCUGAUGAGGACCCGCUGGACAAGCUGCCGGGGCCGAAGAAAUGGCCUGUUUUGGGCAACGUGUUCAUCUUGUCUGUGACGUCACACGAGCAAUAUUUCAUUCUAGUCCGAGAAUUCGUGAAACAAUAUGGUGACCGGUUCGUGUUCAAAGUGUUCAACACGCGGGUCCUCAAUAUCUGCGGGGCUAAGGAUACAGAAGUAAUUUUGUCACAUUCUCGCAAUAUUACGAAGAGCAGUCACUACACAUUUGUGGAGCCAAUGCUUGGAACCGGACUGUUACUUAGCACAGGUAACAAAUGGCACAGGCGUCGAAAGCUCCUGACCCCAACGUUCCACUUCAACAUCCUGAAAAACUUCGCUGUAGUCAUGGAAGAGCGAAGCAGAUCCUUCGUUCGUCAGCUUCGGGAGACAAAAGGGUCAGAGGUCGAAGUAGCUUCGCUGAUCAAAGACUUCACUCUUUAUACUAUCUGUGAAACUGCAAUGGGCAUCAGCUUAGAUCUAGACAAAUCUAAACCAGCUCUAGACUAUCUUGAUGCUGUCAUUAACAUUGGACCUUUAAUCUUAGAAAGAAGCGUAAGCUUCUGGCUGCAUUCGGACUUGAUUUACUACAGACUACCCGCUGGCAAACGUCAAAAAAAAUACUUGAAAACAAUCCACUCUUUUGCCGAUAAUCUUAUUCAUGGGAGAAAACAGCAGAGACUUAGGGAUAUGGAAGAGUUUGAGACGAUAGAAGAAGCUGGAGUUAAAAGGCGGUUGGCGUUUUUGGAUCUCUUAUUGGAAGUUGAGAGUAAAGGAGAAAUAGAUGUGGAAGGGAUCAGGGAAGAAGUGAAUACGUUCAUGUUUGAGGGCCAUGAUACUACCGCAAAUGCCCUAACUUUUGGCAUUAUGUUGUUGGCUGCCCAUCCAGAAGUGCAGGAUAAAAUUCGUGAAGAAUAUCGCAAAAUCAUCGGAGAGGCGGAUCGUGCAUUCACCAUGACUGACUUCACCGAGAUGAAGUAUUUAGAAGCUGUGAUCAAGGAGACGCUUCGCCUGUAUCCCAGCGUACCGUUUAUUGGACGGACUGUUACUGAGGACUUUAUGCUCGAUGACGUCCUAGUCCGCGCCGGCACUCAAGUCGCAGUGCGAAUCUACGAUCUCCAACGACGCGAGGAUCUCUUCCCAGAACCUCAUAAGUUCAAGCCGGAGAGGUUCUUGGGUGCAGACCACAGGCCCUACGCCUUCGUGCCCUUCAGCGCUGGCCCUAGAAACUGUAUCGGUCAGCGUUUCGCGAUGAUGGAAAUGAAAUGCGUGCUCAGUAUGAUCUGCUCGGAGUUCAGACUGGAGCCGAGGAUCAAGAGCCACCGGCCGGCGCUGGCGGCGGACUUAGUGCUGCGGGCCGUCGAACCCAUCUACGUACGCUUCCUUCCGCGAUAAGUCAUAUCAUAAAUAAAUAGUUUCAUCUGUUGCCGAAA